GGAUAAUAUAAAAUAAUCAUCAGUGGUUGCAGAUGAGAGGAAAAGAGGAAUAAACAAAGAUGGGAAGAGGGAAAGUAGAACUGAAGAGGAUCGAGAACACAACGAGUCGUCAAGUCACCUUCUCCAAACGUAGAAAUGGUCUUCUAAAGAAAGCUUUCGAGCUAUCCAUCCUUUGCGAUGCCGAAGUUGCUAUCAUCACCUUCUCACCUACUGGUAAAGCUUACCAGUUCGCCAGUCAUGACAUGGACAGGACGAUCGAGCGGUAUCGGAAUGAAGUUGGUCUUUCCGGCUCCAAUGAUAAUAAUCGUUCAAAAACAACACAGUUUUGGAAGACUGAAAUUAACGACUUGAGGAAAUUGAUGGAGUCCUUGGAGACAAGACUUAAGCAUCUGGCUGGAGAGGAGCUGUUAUCGUUGGGAAUGAAAGAGUUGAAGCAAUUGGAGCGACAGAUUAAAACUGGAGUGGAACGCAUUCGCUCAAGAAAGAGGCGUAUGAUCUCAGAGCACAUCAACUUGUUGAAGAUAAGGCAAAAGGCUUUGCAAGAUGAAAACACACUUCUCCAAAAACUGCUUCAAGAUGCUAGCACAAGUUGCAGAGUUUGGGAAGAUGUCACUAGCAAUGGCACAAUUUAAAGAUAGGCUCAUCUCCUCUGGUUGAGCUGAUUCAACUCCCAAGUCAUAUCCUGUUAAUUGAACCAAUCACUUACCACUUCCAUUCUGCUAUAUGUGUGUGUUCAUAGAUUUUUCUAGCUUGCAUUGGGUGUGAAUGUAAAAUUCAUAUAUUGGAGGAAUGAUUUGGCUAUUUUGAUAUUGAUAAUUAAAUAUUGAAAGAUUAGCCUCCCCCAUCCCCAACCCAAAGGAAAUAAUGAACAAGUGCUUGUUUAAGGAGAUCAAUUAAUUAUUAUAAAAGAGAAUGAAUAUUCUAUGUGA